AAUGUGAGCAAACUUAGUUUAUAAGUUCAAUGUGGAGUUUAAAUUUGUUUAUUAAUUAGUUAAACUAUUAUGAAUUUGGACGAAAUUUUCCCCGAUUUGAGUGCCUUAAAACGCGCCUUGGCCAAAUUGGUUUACAAGGAUUUAUUAAAUAAUGAACGUUUGCGCGAUAUCGAGCCGCAUUUUGACUCAUCUUGCGGCGUUUUUUAUUGGAGCGCCCAAAAUGUGGAGCAACAAAAUUCCGUUGCUUAUUUGCCCAUGGAACACGCUAAAGAUCUGGACUUUGAGCUGAUUAGACGCGUGCAGGAGAAAUUACAAAACUAUAUCGUUAUAGUAGCCAUAGUGGAUAAUACGGGCAAUAUAUUGUAUUAUCAGAUCACAGAGGGAUUGAAUGAGAAUGGCAUAUAAAUUGAGAUUGCGAGUUUAUAUGGAACUGAUC